AUGUGAGAGGCCAUGGGCAGCCAGGGCAGCCCCGUGAAAAGCUACGAUUACCUGCUCAAGUUCCUCCUGGUGGGUGACAGCGACGUGGGCAAGGGCGAGAUCCUGGAUAGCCUGCAGGAUGGCUCAGCCGAGUCACCAUACGCGUACAGCAGUGGCAUUGACUAUAAGACCACCACCAUUCUUCUGGAUGGCAGGAGGGUGAAGCUGGAGCUUUGGGACACGUCAGGACAGGGGCGGUUCUGCACCAUUUUUCGCUCGUAUUCCCGUGGCGCUCAGGGAAUCCUGCUGGUGUAUGACAUCACCAACCGUUGGUCCUUUGACGGUAUUGACAGGUGGAUCAGAGAGAUUGAUGAGCACGCGCCCGGCGUGCCCCGCAUCCUGGUGGGCAACCGUUUGCACCUGGCCUUCAAGCGCCAGGUACCCACUGAGCAGGCACGGGCUUAUGCUGAGAAGAACGGUAUGACCUUCUUUGAGGUGAGCCCGCUGUGCAACUUCAACGUAAUUGAGUCCUUCACGGAGCUGUCGCGUAUCGUGCUGAUGCGGCAUGGCAUGGAGAAGUUCUGGAAACCCAACCGAGUCUUCAGCCUCCAGGACCUGUGUUGCCGGGCCAUCGUCUCGUGCACGCCAGUCCACCUGAUUGACAAGCUGCCGCUGCCUGUGGCCAUCAAGUCACACCUGAAGUCCUUCUCAAUGGCCAACGGCAUGAACGCCGUCAUGAUGCACGGACGCUCGUACUCACUGGCCAACGCAGCCGGCGGCUCCAAGGGCAACAGCCUGAAGCGCUCCAAGUCCAUCCGUCCCCCACAGAGCCCCCCGCAGAACUGCACACGGAGCAACUGCAAGAUCUCCUAACUGCCAUUUUCCCAGCGCAUCCCCAAACCCAACAGGCUACCGAGCUGGAAUGACAGCGAACGGGAUAGUUGACGGCCCGGAGUGGGAACCUUUCGCGCUGGCUACGUCGCUCUCCCGAAUUGGUCUGACUUUUUCGGGUGUACCGCUGCUACUGCCCACCACGACUCACGUGAGAGAUAAACAAGGAUUUUUGUUCGUUUGUACAGACAGACAUAUUCAUUGGGUGUUUCUAUUUUUGUCUUCACCAGUCUUCUUUUCUGUUUUCUAAAGUUCAAUAAGCUACAAGUUGUUAAACAUUUAAAAUGGCCUCAAACACACACACACACAAGCACAUUCCCAAAGCUUUUUGAACUGGUGGCAUGGACUCACAUACUCCUUACACACACACACACACACACUUGCUCACAUAUUUACACAAGCACUUUCAAGCACUCUUGACCACCUCUUUGGACUGGCGUUUCACACAUACACACACUAGCACACUUUAACAGCCCUUCGGUCUGACCUCACACACUCCUCAUAUACUCACAUGAACACACGCACACUUCACACACACAGUCUUUACACAUUCACACAAACACACAUUUACUCACGCAUCACAAAUGUGCACGACUCACGCCCCUCAUUGCAUACUCUUCACAUACUUCCCUCACACAUUCCUCUCGGGAUUAUUAUUAUUAUCAAUAUGGCUAUUCACUCUGGAGUAGUCACAGGUACCCAGUACUGACACCACUAGUACUUUUUAAAUACAAAAUUUAAUUUAACAUGAACAUCAUUAACCUUUCUUUCUUUCUGACGCAUAUGAUGCUUCACCCAUGUAUUUGCCAACUAUUGGCGAGGAUGACUUGUCCGAUUUGUUUGGGCCUUAAGUAUUGGUGGCUGGUCUUGGCAGCCAUCACGGGUACCUGAUACCUUGAAAUGAGGCCUAAUGCCAAUACCUGUAAUUGGUCCUCAUCCAGCCCUACUCCUCACACACAUACGCACAAACACAUCUCAGAACCUCCUCACGCUCACACUCCUCAUACAUUCCUCUCGUAACACACAUUCAUACAUUUGUAACUCAUAGGCUGUGCAGACACUCUUACACACUCCACAUUCUGUACACUCCUCUCUCACUCCCUAUACACUCUUUACACACGCUUAUGGAAUCUCACACAUACACACACAACUAUACACACAUCUCACAUUUGUUACAUACUUGUCACACAUAUUUACUUGCACACCCAUACACACCUAACAUACACACACGCACAUCCGUCACACUAUACAUGUGCUUCAAACACACACAUACACUUAUUAUUGCACACUCCUCACACACUCAUACAUCCUUCACACUCAAACACCUCUUUGUUUUGCUGGCCUUCAUAUGUCAGGAAUUCACCAUUUUGCAUUUUACUUUUCUGUGCAUCCCCACCUACUUUAGAAGUUGCGAUGAUUUGUUGCCGAGAAAAGUGACUCCUCUAUUUAAAGUCCCUCACAAUUGUUUCAGACUUGACAAGUGAAGGACUCUUUUUGUACUUGCCUACUACGACUGCUACUACUUGCACUGAGGCCCCUUUUUUAGAUCCAAACACCUGCCUCCCUUUUGCCCCAAUUGGCACACACACUUCCUUCUCUAGAUUUGGUUAAAAUUAGUGUGUCGGGGGUGGAGAAGGUUUUCUUCAAGGCAGGGUGUCAUUCUAGUGUAAGGGAUUUGUGGUGUGUCGUGCAAAUACGCCUUUCAGCCACAUGAAAUUAUUAUUGCAAUGUUUUUUUAAUCUCAUUGGGGAGGCGAUUCGCUUAGAAGCAUGUCACUGAGUGUCAUGAUGCGUUUGUUAAAUAUUUAUAUUACAGAAUCAUCCAUAAUUCCAUUUACAAUAUUAGUUAAUGUGGGACAGCUAAAAUCUUACUGAGCACAAGUUACAUUUUUUUGGUAGAAAACUGGUACUAUUUUCAUAAGUACAGGGAAGAAAAUAAGUAUUUGAACAUCCUGCUAUUUUGCAAGUUCUCCCACUUAGAAAUCAUGAAGGGGUCUGAAAUUUUCAUCGCAGGUUCAUGUCCACUGUGAGAGAGAUUAAAAGGAAAAAUCCAGAAAUCACAAUGUAUAAUUUUUUGCCGAUUUGUGUGAUACAGCUGCAAAUACGUAUUUGAACACCUGUCCAUCAGUUACAAUUAUGACCCUCAAAGACCUGUUAGUCCGCCUUUCAACAAAGUCCACCCCCACUCCAUGUAUUAUCCUGAAUCAGAUGCACCUGUGUGAGGUCGUUAGCUGCAUAAAGACACCUCUCCACUCCAUACAAUCAGGAAGACUCAAACUUGUAACAUGGCCAAGACCAAAGAACUGUCCAAAGACACCACAGACAAAAUUGUACAACUCCACAUGGCUGGAAAGGACUACGGAGAAAUUGCCAAGCAGCUUGGUGAAAAAAGGUCCACUUUUGGAGCAAUCAUUAGAAAAUGGAAGAAGCUCAACAUGACAGUCAAUCUCAAUCGGAGUGGAGCCCCAUGCAAGAUAUCACCUUGUGGGGUCUCAAUGAUCCUUAGAAAAGUGAGGAAUCAGCCCAGGACUACACAACAGGACUUGGUCAAUGACCUGAGAAGAGCUGAGACCACUGUUUCUAAUGUGUUGGUAAUACACUAAGACGUCAUGGUUUGAAAUCAUGCAUGGCACGGAAGGUUCCCCUGGUUAAACCAGCACAUGUCAAGACCCGUCUUAACUUUGCCAAAGACCAUUUGUAGGAUACAGAGGAGUCAUUGGAGAAGGUUUUGUGGUCAGAUGAGACCAAAAUUGAGAUUGUGAGAUUUUGGGGAACAACCUCUUUCCCUCAGUCACAGCAUUGAAGAUUGGGUCAUGGCUGGGUCUUUCACCAUGACAAUGGCCCGAAGCACACAGCCAGGAAAACCAAGGAGUGGCUCCGUAAGAAGCAUAUCAAGGUUAUGGCAUGGCCUAGCCAGUCUCCCAAGAGAAAAUCUUUGGCGGGAGCUGAAACUCUGUGUCUCUCAGCGACAGCCCAGAAACUUGUCUGAUCUAGACAAGAUCUGUGUGAAGGAGUGGGACAAAUUUGCUCCUGCAGUAUAUGCAAACCUGGUGAAGAACUACAGGAAACGUUUGACCUCUGUAAUUGCAAACAAAGGCUACUGUACCAAAUAUUAACAUUGGUUUUGUCAGGUCUUCAAAUACUCAUUUUCUCUUUUGCCUGGCAGCUCCAUCCUCAGCACCCUUCUACCAACAUACUCACUCUCUCCCCUCUGAACAUGUCGAAACCAUCUAAGUCUGCUCUCUCAAAUCUUGUCAGGAAAACAUCCAACUUUGGCUGUCCCCCUAAUGAGCUCAUUUCUAAUCCUAUCCAACCUGUUCACACCAAGCGAGAACCUCUGCAUCUUCAUUUCUGCUACCUACAGUUCUGCUUCCUGUUGUUUCUUCAGUUCCACCGUCUCUAAUCCGUCCAUCAUGGCCAGCCUUACCACCGUUAUAUAAACUUGGCCCUUCAUCCUAGCGGAGACUAUUCUGUCACAUAGAACGCCAGACACCUUCCGCCAACUGUUCCAACAGUGGACAUUAACCUAUGAUGAAAAUUUCAGACCCCUCCAUGAUUUCUAAGUGGGAGAACUUGCAAUAUAGCAGGAGCAGGGUAUUCAAAUAGUUAUUUUCUUCACUUUAUGUGAAGCUUAAUUGCGAUUUUAAUUUUUUUUAUUUUUUUUAUUUCAUUUUUUUUUUUAUAAUUACGAGAUAAUGUGUAAUCGUGAGAAAAAUUGGCAAACAAGACUAUUUAACUGCGUUCAAAUUCCAUGGGAAUUCCUGCUGAGAAGCACUGCAGUUAGGUGUCAUUGUGCUCUAAUCAUAAAUAUGAUGGAAUCACUCCCUAUCCGCUUUAUAAUGCCUUACAAUGGCCCUUUUUUUGUGCGGUGAGAAUGUAUAUUAAUCUAUGUAGUGCCCUCUACGUAUUACACAAUGCAAUUCCAAAAGUGGUGAACAAUCGACAAAGUGAAUACAAAAGCAAAAUAUUCCAUGAUCCAUUGUGUAAAUAUCCUUGUAGUAUUGUAUAACCUAUAAAGGACAAAAUAAUAUAAAUAUUACUUGGCACUAUUUUGAGGCAUCUUGGUGCUAAGGAUCUAUGUUGAAGUGAAUUGUAUAGUUCACAAAAAUAAAUACUGUAAAUGGAUAAAAAUCCCCAUAUACUAUCAUGAUUAGGGUCAGACACAGUCACUGUUUUUGGAAUCAUUCACUCAUUCCCUACUCCCCAAUUACAAAAAAUUUAUUUUGAUAUCGUGGAUUUUGGGACAAUAUAUUUAUCCGUCCAAUAAAAAAAGUUUUACCGCA